AUAUCUUUUUCAAGCAUGACCAAAAUUUUCCUCCUUCGCUUUAAACUUUUCCAGGUUCCGUGAGCAAUUCAAAAUCCGAAGCUCGACCGCGCUCUGACUCAUCUGAUCCUCUGUCGCAACCGAAAGAUAUAAAGAAUACGGCAGCUCCAGCGUCCCUCGCGGCAUGGAGAAAUUUAUUGUCGGCAUCAUUGGCAUGGGUGACAUGGGAAAGAUGUACGCGCAGAAGCUGAGCGAUGCUGGCUGGAGAGUAAUAGCCUGUGAUAGAGAAGAGCUAUAUGAUGGUCUACAGCAAGAGUUCGCCAGCAGGAGCAAUAUACAAAUUCUCCGAAAUGGUCAUCUUGUAUCCCGUGCGAGUGAUUAUAUCAUCUACAGCGUAGAAGCUGCAGCUAUCGACCGCGUCGUCGCCGAAUAUGGCCCUUCAACCAAGCUCGGCGCCAUCGUCGGUGGACAGACGUCCUGUAAAGAUCCCGAAAUUAAGGCUUUCGAAGACCAUCUCCCAGCAGACGUGGAUAUCGUCUCCUGCCAUUCUCUCCACGGUCCAAAAGUCGAUACGAGAGACCAGCCACUAGUCAUAAUCAAACACCGCGCAUCCCAGGACUCCUUCGACAAAGUCGAAACCGUCCUGAAAUGUCUACACUCGAAGCACGUGUACCUGACGGCGCACGAGCACGACCGCAUCACGGCGGACACGCAGGCGGUGACGCACGCGGCCUUCCUCAGCAUGGGCAAGGCGUGGCACUCGAUGCGGCAGUUCCCGUGGGAGAACACGCGGUACGUGGGCGGGAUCGAGAACGUCAAGAUCAACCUGACGAUGCGCAUCUACAGCCAGAAGUGGCACGUCUACGCCGGCCUCGCCAUCCUCAACCCCGAGGCCCGCAAGCAGAUCGACCAGUACGCCAAGAGCGUCACCGAGCUGUACAAGUUGAUGUUAGGCGGUCACCUCGACGAGCUGCGCGCGCGGGUCCUCAGUGCGAAGGAGAAGGUCUUCGGAAAGGAGCGCGAGCCGAAGUGGGAGGAUAAACCCUUGCUUAAGGAUGAGGUGCUGGACCAGUUUAGCCUGGGCGCCCCGAGACCGGAUAGCAAGCCCCUUCCGAACAAUCACUUGAGUCUCCUGGCGAUGGUGGAUUGUUGGAGCGCCUUGGGGAUUGUGCCGUACGACCACAUGAUAUGCAGCACGCCGCUGUUCCGCCUGUGGCUGGGCGUCACCGAACACCUGUUCCGGGACCCGGAUCGCCUGGACGAGGCGCUCAGGAUCGCGGUCGAGGAUAACACGUUCAGGAGCGACGACCUCGAGUUCACGUUCGCGGCGAGGGGCUGGGCUGAGUGUGUCGGGCUGGGACACUUCGAGACGUGGAGGGAGCGGUUCAUGGUCACGCAGAAGUUCUUCGAGGAGAGGUUUCCGACGGCGGUGGAGGUGGGUAAUAAGAUGGUCAAGGCGGUGCUGGAGAGUACGAAGAAUUAGACGGUUCACUGUCUACACUACGUAUCUAGGGACUAGGGGUUAGGGGGUAAUGGGGUGGGUUGGCUACUUUGAUUUAUGGUGCGUAUACGUUGUGCUUUAAUGCAGUUCCUUAUGCUUAUAGAAUCAGUUUCAGGGGAAUUCGCCAUGGAUUUAUAUUCAUGCCCAAUUUUCAAUGGAAGAACUGGUCGUAUAGACAAUAAAACAAAACCUCUAGAACCCCAGAACCCAACUAGAACCCCGGAAGAAGUUGAGUGGCUAUGAUUUCCCUUUGAACAUUAAUCUGAACAUACAUAUAUGCG